AUGAUUUCUGGGCUGCGACCCAGUCUUGCGCGUGUCUCGCCGCGCCGACUGGUGUUGAGCCUGCGUGUUCAGCAAUGCCAUCUUCACUUUGAUGGCAGAAACCGUGUGUCAAAUUUCUGGAUUCCUACCGGUGGAAUUUCCAAGAAACCCGUUGACGGAGAGAAAGAGGAUGCCAAUGACCUCCUCGUUAGAGGUGGUUUUCUCAGACAGGCAUACUCUGGAGUGUUUCACAUGCUUCCGCUUGGGUUACGUGUCCAGGACAAGCUAGAAGGUCUAAUUGACAAGCAUAUGCGCACCCUCGGUGCCUCAAAGGUCUCGCUUUCCUCAUUAUCCUCUGAGGAACUUUGGGAACGGUCUGGCAGAUUGACAGAGGGCUCAGAACUAUUUCGUUUCAAGGAUCGGAAAAAUACCCCAUUUCUCCUAGCUCCCACUCAUGAAGAGGAAAUCACCACUCUUGUUGGGCAUUUGACUGCAUCAUACAAAAGCCUGCCAUUGCGAGUGUAUCAGAUUUCCCGUAAAUACAGAGAUGAAGCUCGGCCGAGACAAGGCCUCCUUCGUGGACGAGAGUUUAUCAUGAAAGAUCUCUAUACAUUUGACUACAAUGUCAGCGAGGCCUUGAAAACAUACAAUGCUGUAAAGCAGGCCUACGUGCAACUUUUCGACGAGCUAAAGAUCCCAUAUCUGGUUGCGGCCGCAGACUCCGGAAAUAUGGGUGGCUCAUUGAGCCACGAAUAUCAUUUUAUCAGUCCCAAGGGCGAAGACGAUGUGGUCAGCUGCUCAAAUUGUGACCACGUGUAUAACGAGGAACUUGCCGAUGGUAAGACACACAACUUUGGAGAGACAGAGCAGAACACGUUACCUGGCUUCCAGACCGGCGAUGAAGUCGAGGGUGGGUCGACAAUCUCAACUGGCAUGUGGAUGGCUAUUUCUCAUGACAGCAACACUAUUGUUCGGGGCUGGCACCCUAAGUUCUCGAUGCAAAAUGGCGCCACGGAGCCCGUUGAACGCCAUGUCAACUCGCAUGCGGUAAAGGCCAUUGCCACUGCCGCAGGUAUUGAUCUCGAUCUCAGUGUGGAGAACCCGCUGCAAAAGUGGACCGCCCAUGUCAAGAAGAACAAGUUCUCAACAAACAAGCCACGCGUAUUGGAUUUGUACGACUCGCAGGUUCGGGUAUACCAACGCCCACCGCUAAGCGACCUCCUCGAGCAAGCUGGCUGCACGACUGAUGACAUUGAGUACUCGAAGCUGGACCGGUUUCCCGACACCUCGAACAAGCUCAGUCUCGUUCGUGUCCAUGACGGAGACCAGUGCUCGCAGUGCGCGCAUGGUUCAUUGACUACGCACUCUGCCGUCGAGUUAGGACACACUUUCCACCUUGGAACUCGCUACAGCGGAGUGCUCAAUGCGAACGUGUCGGUCAAUUCAUCCCUUCUUGAGGGGUCUGUCGAAUCUGGCGCGAAGCCCUCUACCAAGGAGCAAAUUGUCCCUAUGCAAAUGGGAUGUCAUGGCAUCGGUGUCUCGCGUAUGAUCUCCGCCGUUGCGAACAGACUCGCAGACUCCAAGGGACUCAACUGGCCGCGUGCCAUUGCACCUUACGAGGUUGUCGUGGUACUAGGAAAGGGCAUGGAAAGCGUUGCUGAUCAGGUAUAUGAUUGCCUCACCGCUGACCCCUCGGCACCUGUCGAUGUCAUACUUGAUGAUCGUGAUAAGGGCAUGGGGUGGAAGCUCGGUGAUGCGGAUCUGAUUGGAUACCCUAUUAUCGUGGUUGUCGGCAAUGGUUGGAAGAGGAAGCAAACUCUCGAGGUGCAGUGCCGCCGGUUGGACGUCAAGGAGGAUGUGCCGCUGGACAAGCUGCGCACGUUUGUCCAGUCUUUGUUGACGCAACUGUGA